AUUGGCCAACCUUUGGAGCUGUCUCCUUCAAUCCCAACCCAACACUGAUCAACCAACCAGAGUUAUCAUUUUGUUUUAAUUUUGUUAUGUUUUGGGAGAGAUGCUAACAACGGUGUUGAUUUAAACCACCCAUCAUGUGUACAGCAAUCAAGAGUAAAUUAAUCACAUUAACGCAUUGGAUGAGGACACCAGAGAGAGGGAUAUUUGCGGUCUCUGUAGAGAUGGGCACCCAUCUGUUCCAUAAGACGAAAUCUCCUGCAAGAAUCUCUCUGCAAAGUUUGUAAAUUUUCCACGCCUCCAUCAUCAUCCAUCUUCUUUGUAAUGGUCUGUCCUGAAAAAAAAAAAGUUAAAAAACACAGCCAAACAAAAAACAACAAAAAAUGAGCAAACAAAACAAAACAAAUGAAUGACCAUGAUUGGAGAGUUGGGGUGGGUUGACACGGAUUCAUGUCCUGCAUGGUGUCCCACUCAGUGCUGGAUCCCAUGUGGCUUCUGCCCAAUGUCUCAUGUCACAGCAGUUAGAAGUUUCUUCUGAGACCCCACACACUUCUGGGGGGCUUGGUGGUGAGUCUGGGGGAGGGGCCUGAUUGGAGCCCCUCCCUGUUCUGGGUGCUGGAUGUUCAAACCCAGUGUUUCCAUCAUGGCAUGUGUUGUCAGGAGCUGAACCAGAAAGCUAAGAAGAAAAGAGGCGAAUCCUAAGGGACAGAGAGACUCGAAGGAGAAAGGAUGAAAUUCCUGAUACCAUGUGUUUGCUCUGUCUCUUAAUUACUUCAGCGGGACACUGCAGGGUCUGCCACGCUGGAGACAUUUUAAAAAAUAAACAGACCAACGCUGUGAAAAAGAAGCACAGGGCCCAUUCUGAGGCUUUUGGCAGGCCGGGUGCCUUCUGCUCCUGAAGAUGGAGCUGAUAUGUUCCCCGUGAUCGUCUUGUCUUCAUUGAAAGCAUGGAUCCAUGAGCAAAUUUCCUGAGAAACAAACAAACCCAACUCCCCACCCAAUCCUCUGAAAACCCAAUAGCCCCAAGGUCACGUGAUCUGGAGUAGACGGUCGCCUACUGCUGUUUUCAUUUUGUUAAUAAGAUGUUCUUCUCAGAACAGCCUGCAGCCUUCGCAUGCUAGCUUGCUUCAGUCUUGUGGUAAGCUGGGAACUGCUGGAAUUUUUUUUCCUCUACCUGGCCAUUGUGACAGCCCAGAUACAUAGUGCCUCCAAAACCUCUGCACCCCUUACGGCUCAUCACGUGGCCAUUGCCUGCCCCAUGCCAAGGACGACCUUGCCAAGGACGCCCCAUGCCAAGGACGACCUAGAGAGGGUGGACACGUGGAGGGCACGACUUACUACUAUGACAUUCAUCAUGGGCUAUAUGGAGAUGCUUUUGGACCCAAUUCUCAGGUUGAAAUCCUAACAGCCACAUAAGGCUUUGAUUUCCUUGUCCUACCAUUCGACCGAAAGAGGGCGCCUGUCACCUCCAUGUGAAUCAGGUAGUGAGCGGGGGGAGGACUGUGCCUGGCGUACAUUCAAGAUUUUUGUGUCUUCAGACCAACCUGGUACAAACAAGUGUCCCAGUGAAGAGGGAGCUGCUAUGCCUCCAGCAUGUAGGAUGGAUGGAAGAGGCCGGAAAGGGUAAGAUGAGGAUGGCAGAUGUGUCGUACCUGGGCCAGAAGGUGGGAAGCAACUGCCCAAAGCCAGAGGCAGCGAAGGUGAAGAUAACCAGAGAUUGGCCCAUUCCUCACAUCAAGAAACAGGCCUUGGUCUCUAAUGGGAUGCCUGAAGGUUUGUACCCCACUUUAGCUCCCAUUACAAAGCUUGGUAAUUUCGGCAAGCCAGACAAGGGUGGUCUGGACCUAACAGCGCUCUGUGUGCUGAAGUAGCCUCAAAUCCAGCGGCUGGUGCUGAUAGACCCAGAUUUGGACAAAUUCUUUAGGGUGUUCUCUGACAGGCCUCAGACAGAAGGGUGGGUGCAGUGCUGAUGCAGGCCAAACGAAGGGGAAGAAACACCCCAUUGUGUACCUGGGCAAGAAGUUGCUCCUCAGAGAGCAGAACUAUGCAUCCCUAGAGAAGAAAAGCCUGGACCUGGGAUGGGCUCUUAAAAAGCUGCAGUUCUAUCUAUUUUGGUGGUGCUUUAUGGUGUACACGGACCAUCCACCAUCCCAUGGUCAAGGGAUAAAGGGUAAUGCCAAAUUCGUAUGGUGGAGUCUGAUCCAGCAGGAGGAUCAUAUCGGGUGCUGCAUGUUAAGAGGAGCAUGAAUUUUAUAGCUGAUGCUUUGUCCUGGAGAGGGGGAGUCUGAACUUCCACAGUUCCCUGGCUGCAGUGACCCAACUCACAUCAGACUCGAAGUGCGAGAGAGGUGUAACGAAGUUGGGGAUUUUGGUAGUGUUUUAAACGAAUAGUGUGUCUAUGUAUGUGUCUGUGUGUGUACUUCAGUUUUGGUGCGUGCUGUGUAUUUAGCACGUUCAUGAGAGAGGAUUUGUUCUUGCAGAGGAUCAGGUGUGACCCACCACCACCCCGCCUAGCAGCUGAGAACUUUGAACCAUGUCUGGCAGAUAGAGUACUUUAAGAAGUGGUGACCUGGUGACUAAGUGUCCCACCCCAGCUUGGCACUCAGCCGGUUUUUUUCCAAGGGGAAACGCACACAUCUCAGAAUUUUGUUCUAUGCAAAAACUGAAAUAUUCUUGAAUGCAAAGUGUUUUUUACGGAAUCCAAACAUAACUCAGCCCUUAUGAAUUGUCAUAUUUCCAAUCUCCAAACAGGAUCCAGGCCUUCCUGAAGUCACGGGAUUGGCUUAAACAAAAUGAGAUUUAUAUAUUUUCGUUUUAUUUUCCUCUAGUGCCUGAGAUGUCACAAUGCAGCUUUUUUUUUCAAUUUCAAACUUUUUCAGAAAUUUAAAAAAACAACCCAAAAGCGGAGUUUCUCGAUGCGACUUUAAGAAACACCAAAUUUCAUAGGACUUGCACUGCAAUCACUGGAAUUGGCUGAUAGAUGUAGAGCAGAUUUUGAAUGAGCUCAAUUUUUAAUUGCAAAGUAUCUCUUAAAAAGUACUAUUUCUCAGUGGUCAGGAAACUAGGAUAUAUUCAUAGCACUGCGACUGGCCUGCUGCUUUACAUUACCUCGCUGUGCCUCAGUUUUGUGAUCUCCUUUUUAAAGUGCUUUGUUAUCUAAUUAUUAAAAUAGGUAGGUGUUGGUGUUAUUUGACUCAUACUUUAAUUAUAUAGCGCUUUAAAUUCAAUCUCACUUAGUAACGUAAGGGUCUUUGAGGAUCUGGGUAAUGGUCUUUGUGGUGUGCCCCCGUCCUCUUUCCUCCAAACAUAUCAGCCAAUCCUCUUCCGGGAAAUCCUAGCAAAGCAACGUCAAUAGCACUGUUGGAUCUUCAAAAUUUAAUAUUACUUAGCUGAUCUGAAGGAGAUUUCUAGUACAUGAAAAGAAAUGCAUUUUUGUACCUUCUCAUUAGGAAUGGAAGCGGGAGUAGCCAGCCAUGUCCAGGCACCAACCUCGCUCCUCUGAUACUUCUGCAUUCCUAUGGGCGUGGCUUGCACUAAUCUUCCGUUGCUAUUACUAUAAUUAGAGUGAAUUGGAGGCAAGGACGGCCGCAAACAUAUACGAGCAAGGGCAGUCUAGAAGAAUUUAACUAACUAGGUGAUUUGUCGGUUUUGUUCUACCUUCCGUGAGGGCCAUGUUAGCCAGGGGUGCUUUGCGUUUGCCAGCUUUAGGCAAUCCCAGCAAACUGUGGAUUCUCUCCGCUACCGAGGAAGGCCAGGCUCCCGGCUACCACAGGGCUUACACAGCGGUUGGCGAGGCGUACCCUCCUCCCCGUCAACGGAAGGUUGUCCGACCGUUCAGCGAGCUUCCAGGCAACUGGAGAACAGGCUGGCUUAACCUCUUUCACUUCUGGCAGGAGGGUGGAUUCCACAACGUCCACAACAUCAUGAUCCACAAGUUCCAGAAAUUUGGACCUAUUUACAGGGAGAAACUCGGCCUCUACCAGAGUGUGAAUAUCAUUAACCCAGAAGAUGCUGCUACUCUCUUUAAAUCGGAGGGCAAUUAUCCAGAGAGGUUCAUGGUGCCACCUUGGGUGGCCUACCGUGACUUUCGCAACAAGCCAUAUGGAGUGCUUCUUAAGAAAGGGGAGUCCUGGCGCUCCGACCGCCUCGUUCUGAAUAAAGAGGUCCUGUCUCUGAAGGUGAUCGACUGUUUUGUGCCCCCUUUGAAUGAGGUGGGUGAGGACUUUGUCAAGAGGGUCCGACUCCAGAUCGAAAAGAGUGGCCGGGGAAGGUGGACGGCCGACCUCACCAAUGAGCUUUUCCGCUUCGCCCUGGAGUCUGUGUGCAACGUCCUGUAUGGAUCACGCCUAGGGCUCAUGCAGGAUUUCAUUGACUCCGAGGCGCAGAAGUUUAUCGAUGCUGUGACCCUGAUGUUUCACACCACCUCACCCAUGCUUUACAUCCCGCCCAGCAUGCUCUGCAGGAUCAACUCUAAGACCUGGAGGGACCAUGUACAUGCCUGGGAUGUAAUUUUCAGGCAUGCUGAUAAGUGCAUACAGAACAUCUACCGACAGCUCCGGCUGGACCGAGAAAAUACCAAGGCAUAUACUGGCAUCCUGGCCAGCCUCUUAGUACAGGACAAGCUACCCAUCGAUGACAUCAAAUCGAACGUGACAGAGAUGAUGGCAGGAGGGGUAGACACAACCUCCAUAACCCUCCAGUGGGCCAUGUUCGAACUGGCUCGCACUCCAGUAGUGCAGGAGCAGCUGCGGGCGGAGAUCUUUGCGGCCAGACAGGCAGCACAGGGCGAUAUGCUGAAGAUGUUGAAAGCCAUCCGGCUUCUCAAAGCUGCCAUCAAGGAAACACUCAGGCUCCAUCCGGUGGCAGUGACCCUACAGAGAUACACAACACAGGAGAUUAUCCUCCAGGACUAUUUCAUCCCCGCCAAGACACUAGUACAGGUUGGAAUUUAUGCUAUGGGCCGCGAUCCCAAGUUCUUCACCAAGCCAGAGCUGUUCGACCCAGCGAGAUGGCUGAAAAUGGACUCUACGUACUUCAGGGGGCUCGGCUUUGGCUUUGGGCCACGCCAGUGCCUCGGUCGCAGGAUUGCCGAGCUGGAGAUGCAGCUCUUCCUGAUCCAUAUGCUGGAGAACUUCAAGAUAGAAACCAAGAGAGGAGUGGAUGUUGGUACCCAGUUUGACCUCAUCCUGAUCCCAGACAAACCAAUAUACCUUACCUUACGGGCACUCGACUCCCAACCAUGAAUAGAACAGAAGCUACCUCGGAUUCUGUAACAAGGCUGGUCCAAUGGGAGAUGGAGCCUACGUCAACUCAUCUUGAGCCAGCUGAAGAGUUGUCACCUGUGUUUGGGACAAUCUGGGUACAUAUAUGAUUUAUGUCUUUGUGGAACGUUGUUUCUAGACAUAAAAAUUAGACUCUAGUAAGAAGAAAAGAAUGGAACCUAGGAUUUGGGUGUGAUGGAAUUCCCCGGGGUGCAACCUGGAACUGGGGUACCACUAAGCCCUAUGGCCUGUCAGCCUGGGCUCCAUCGAACACUGUGGUGUCAUGACAACCUGCAAACCUCUGGCAAGUACUGCACAUACACAGACAUCCACAAGCAGUGACACACCCAGCUGAGUUACAUGAAUGCGUCUCUCAGCCACUCAUGAACUAAUAAAUUUAUUUGAGCCUAAGCUUUCGUGAGCUACAGCUCAUUUGUUCGGAUGCUGUAGGUCACAAAAGAUUAUGCUCAAAUAAAUUUGUUAGUCUCCAAGGUGCCACAAGUACUCCUUUUCUUUUUGCGAAUACAGACUAACUCAGCGGCUACUCUGAAACCUGUAAUGAACUAAUAGAAAGGGUCCAGCCAGUCUGACCAAUGUAAAUUUAUUACCUGAUCCACCCCUCCCUAAAUGUGUAGAGGCCAUAACACAAGCCUUUGUAACUGAGGUGAGAGUGCCUAAGCACUUCAAGCAAAUUGCUUUGCUUGUUAUAUUGUUUUAAGUAAAGUGUAAAACAGAUUUAUUAGCUACAGAAAAAUAGAUUUAAAGUGGUAGGCAUAAAAAUCAGAGAACAUUGUCAAAGAAAAAUAAAAGAUUAAAUGCACGAUCUAAAUCUUAGCCCUUAUUAGACCAGGCAGUAUUUAGCUCAGUGAUUUUCCUACCCCACUAGAUGUCACAGUUAGUAAUAUACAGGCUUCUCAUUAAGUCUGACCAGUGGCCCCAGAUGACCAUCUUCUUCUUGGUGUGUCUGCUGCUUCCAGCGUAAGUGUGGGAGGAAAAAAGCCUCGCUAUGUUGCAAAUGUUCCUUAUUUUAUACCCUCAAUCCAUGUGAUACUUGCCCAGAUAUGUCCUGGUGAAUGUCCUUGGAAUCAUUGGGGAGAGAAACGUAUAGAUGAUCAUUUUAGAUGGGGAGGAGAUAGGGUUGGGUGUGGGGGGUUACCUGAAGGGGCAGGGACUUAUGUGCUGGUGUUCUGGACCAGCUUCAAAGUCCCCAAACCCCAGUGCCCUGUGAUAGCACCCAUAGAUGGUGCUUCUCCAAGCUUUGAUCUGGGCUUCACAGACUGGAUCCUAUCACUUGGCCAAACAUAUCUC